AUGGCAAAUCGCAAAAAACAUCUCGAAUUCUUGCAGCUAGCAAGUACUCUGGAUUUUGCCGACCCCGGGAAAUCAGACUUCCGCAUGUUUGAGGACAAAUUCAAAACCAGUAGGUCCGAUUAUGACGAACUACUACAUACGCUUGCCACGGCGAGUUCCACGGCCUUUGACAAUUACAAAGGCGAUGACCUCCUUCGGUGGCUCCUCCACCGUGAAGACGGCUGCAGCCUGCUCCACGUCAAGACCAAGAGCGGCAACAAAACGACGCCCAUCCACGCGGCCAUCUCGUCCAAAAACCAUGGUUUUCUGGAGAGCGUCUUGUCCAUUGCAGAGGAAUCUAUCCGGGAGAAGUCGGACCUGCAUAUCGAGAUCGUCACCGCGUUGCGCACUCGGAACCAGAUCAUAGGCACAUACACGUGCCUGCACGCUAGCAUCAUGGAGAAGCUUCCCUGUGUCGAACGGAUGGUGGAACUGUGCGCCCAAGUUGAGGGACAAGUCGACGGACGAGAUGAAGGACCAGCCGAGAACCGGCUUGUCAAAAUCAUUCAGACCCGAGGUAUUACAGAGCAGUGGAUAGGUCCGAAGCACGACCAAAAGAUCGAGCCCAUCUUCUUGAUGCGUGACAUCUUGAACAACACGGCAUUGCAUUUGCUGAUGGAAACGAAGUCCAAGUCGUGGCCUGCCCGGGAAAAGCGGUAUGCCGCUGGCGAUGCUGGCACCUCCAAUGCAGCUCGGAGCAAGGUUGUGCGGAACAGCGACGAAUUCGUGCCUCUCAGGGUCAUCGAGACGCUCGAAAAAAGCCUGGGCCCCUCAAUGGGCGAGCUGUGGACAGCCAUCAACGAUGAUGGCCUGUCGCCCUUCAAAAAGCGCCUCGACGGCGUUGAGACCGAGGACGACGAUGCCGACUUCCAGCGAAAACUGAGAAAGAAGAUCCUGAAUUCUCUGACGGAAAUUCCGAAGCUGAAGAGGGCGUUAUAUGGGACCAAAGAGAAAGAGCUCUGUCUAGACAUGUCCGACUUCAAUCAAUCGUCGCACGACUUCAAGAUCUUUGUAGAUGAGCUCAAACACUCCACGGACAAGGGGCUCCUGUUUGAAGAGUGCCUGCUCUCCGUUUUUCUCCCUGACCUCAACACUUUCAGGAAAGCGACGCCGCACGACGGUGUCAGGGACUUGUUUGAGUGGCUGAGGAACGAGGGCAACGUCAAGCGAAUCAAAUCUCUCAACAUCCCUGACAGCACGACGCUGCCAAUGAGUGAUGAGCUCGUAUCAGAGGCCAUCAUCGACGUCUUCGAGGUUGAGAAGUUUGACUGGCGCAAGCUCGACAUUAACCUCGACAUUCUGGUGCGCUCGAAGCACCGUGACGAAUUCACCAACCUCACCUUGUAUUCUACCGGCAACUACAGCGUCAUGCACCACUGGAUCAGCCCUGAGGGUCUGGAAAAACUGACUAGUCUACGCAAAGUGACCAUCGAAAUCAUGGCUUUGGAUGAAUUGCACUCCGAGGCUCAUGAGAGCAUGCUAACCAUCCUUUGUGAAAAGCAACCCGAACAGGCCCAAACCCGGCAUGCUUUACUCGUGGACGAGUAUGCAAAGAAACUGACCACGAGAUUGGAGGCGAUGAGAGAAAAGAAGAAGAAGCAAAAUCCACCAAUCGACUUUACUUACAUCAUCAAUACCAACGCCAAGUGGGACUUCCCUGUCCUGCAAUACCCAACGAAGCCAUUAGAGGAAAAGCUCGAGCUUCUCACCAAGUUGGAAACUUGCCGGAAGUUCCUCGGAGACAUGAAGAAACGUUCCGAAUACGAGCGGUUCGAGGCGCGGUUCCAGCUGCUCAAGCACAAGCCAGGGGAGAUGGACCGCUCGAGGCUUAUCAAGGUCGCCAUCAUCGACAACGGGGCCGACAAGUUCCGCAAAAAGAUCCGUGACGUUAUCGAGAAGGGCGUUUCCUACGUCAAGGCCGAUUAUGAGAGUGCGGAUCGAAUCCUACCGUGGUGGAUGGUCUCGGAUGCCCACGGUACGCAGAUGGCCUAUCUGAUCGCCAACGCCAAUCCCUGGUGCCGGCUCUAUAUUGCUCGUGUGGGCAAAAGCCGCAGAGACAUCCUUCCAGAGGACGCGGUACAGGCUGUCCGGUGGGCUAUCGACCAAGGGGUGGACAUCAUCUCCAUCAGCUGGAUCACCAAAAGCGAGUUCCCCGAACUCAAGCAGGCCAUCGAAGACGCCACCAAACACGCGCUGGUCUUCUGUUCCACGGCUGACGAAGGGAGCUGGGCGAACCGCGUCUACCCGGCCUGCUACCCCGGCACCGUGCGCGUCUCGGCCACCGACAAGUACGGAAACUUGAUGCCCACGUCGGACAAGGAUGCCAUAAACAUCCCUGUUCCCGGUCAGGACAUUCCCGCCUUCGGCCCGUCGUAUAUGGGUGCGGGAAUAGCCUGGGGAACGGUGUCCGGCUCGUCGGUUGCCACAGCUCUGGCGGCAGGUAUCGCGUCGCUUGCCCUCCUGCUGCUGCAGGUAUUCAACGACGUGAACCGCGAUAAACUGGAGCACGAGGGCUUUUACAAAAACGAAAAAAUUGUGCGCGUGCUCUCACGCAUCACCGACUCCGAGAAGUAUCCUUCUCUCUUCCCGACGCGUGCCACCGACCAGGACGAGCUUCCCAAGAGGUGGAAUAUUAGUGAAUUUACCUGA